UUUAGGCAACAAGUUUGAUUCAAUAACCCACCCGUUGCAUAAAACAAUACGAGCGUGUUGGUUUUUAACCAAAACUGAGAAUCAAUAAAAAAUGUGCAAAGUAAAAACCCAUUUUGGGGGAAACUUUACUAAGCGUGCAAAUGAGCGGUAAACGUCACUGCAGUUUCCGCACAAUAGUCAAGUGUGGUGCUCGAAACCGGACGCACCAGAACAGUGCUCGUCGGGCUAAAAGCCUUUUAAAGGUGACGGAUCCGGAUAGUGCGGAGAACGGAUAUUCUCAGGCUCAGGCCACAAAGGCACGGACAACAAAUCCGAGGCACGUGCCAAGAUCCCAAACAAGACCGGACCAGCGCCAGCAACAUCAGGUCGGAAGAAACGAAGCCACGAGGAAAGUCAACUCGAAAAGGGUCGCCCAAAGCGUGAGUUUCUAUGAAAAUCAAGGUGGCAAAAUACCUAACGAGAUUUUUCUUCAGGGCCCUUUUUUGGUUCCGGCAUAUUUUGCUCCACAUCUCGGCACGUGUUCAUGUUGCUGCGCACCCAUUGGUAUCGGCUCCAACCUUUUUUCUUUCCGGCACAAAACGAGCUCCGAACUCUUCCGAAACUGCACGGCACACACAGCGCCAUCUGUGUUUUCAACCACAUACUAGACGGAAAUUUUUUUAACUUCGUUUCGUCCACGGUCCGGAUCACAGCAUUGUCCAUCGAAACACAGGAUCGAAUCGCCGCCCAUCCUCUGUCGAAUGAGCCAUUCCUGGCUUGGAUCACGCGCUAGGGUCGAGACUCUUGAUCGCGGUAAAAUGAAGCCAUUGACGAGAACGAUUGUCGCGACGUUUGAACAGCACUGGACUGACACCCACCGUCUGCAUCCGGGGAAGAAGAACUCGGGAUUUUUGCUCCGCAUCCACAUGGACAGCAGGCGCUGCACACCUGAUGUACCAGCUGUUUCACCGAAAAGCCAACAGAAGCGGCGAUCGUGGCACAGAUGGCCACUCCAUCAUCGCCGGCUUCGGAGCCAGCAGCUGUUGAACGUGAGCCGUAAGUGAAAAUUUUACGCUACUGCACUCCAACCAAAAAUGACCGGAGUAAUCGGGCGAUGGGUGGGAGAUAAUAAAAUGUUGCCAAUAUAGAAAAUUAACAUAAUU